CAACAGAUACAAUGGCAAGGUCUUAUUUUGCUGUGUCCUUUUUUAUUUCUGCAGGAAAAAGGUAACUUCACUUAUUGUCCAGCAACAGGUCUGGCUGUAGGAAAUGAAUGUUCAGAGUUUGCUGGCUGGGCAUUUCCAUUUCCAGGAGUGUUCUUGCUGGAGGAAUUUAUAAGCCAAGAUGAGGAAUAUAAAAUGGUUCAGCUGAUGGAUCAAGAUGACUGGAAACUAUCACAAUCUGGCUGAAGGAAGCAGGACUAUGGGCCCAAAGUGAACUUUAAGAAAAAGAAGCUGAAAACUGGUGGCUUCUUUGGCUUGCCCAGUUUUAGCCAGGAGAUUGUACAGCGAAUGAAGGCUCAUUCUGCAUUAGAAGACUUCUUUCCUGUUGAGCAGUGUAACCUGGACUAUCUACCAGAAAGAGGUUCUGCCAUUGACCCACACUUUGAUGACUGGUGGCUUUGGGGGGAGCGACUGGUUAGCUUAAAUUUACUCUCAAAAACGGUGCUGUCCAUGUCUUGUGAAUCAGAGGAUGGUCUCCAGUUAGUUGCCAAUCACAAGCAAGCAAUGGGGGAAUCAAAUCCCUCUGCCUCACCUCAAGCUUCCCAGAGCCACAAACAAAACCACCUUCCUUCCACAACAGUAUGUGAAAAUUUAGCCAGUUGGGAUAUUAACUACUUGUUUUCCUCAAGAUUUAUUCCAUACAAAAAAGUUACUGUAGACAUUCACUUACCUAGAAGAUCCCUGAUUGCACUAUUUGGAGAUGCACGGUAUAAGUGGAAGCAUGCAAUAUACCGCAAGCAUAUAGAGCAUCGCCGGGUCUGUGUCACCUUCAGGGAGCUGUCUGCAGAGUUCGCUUUGGGAGGAGAGCAGGAAAAACUGGGUAAAGAACUCCUGGAAAUAGCCCUAACAUUUCAAGGAAAACCAGUGUAAGCAUGAGAGAGAAACCUGGAAUUAUGAAUUGUUUGAAUAAUUAAAAAAUAAAGUUCAGAAUUUUUGCAGUU